AUGACGGCGCCAGACGACACCACGAUGAAGCGCGAUGCCGCGCCCGACAUCGAGCAGACCGAAGACGUCGCGCCGGCGCAGCACGGCCCGAACAAGAUUCACGGCGUCGCCAUGCCCCCGAUCCUCGCCGGCCUGAGUGCGGAGGAGCGCAACACGCUAGAGCGCCAUCUGCGGCGCAAGAUUGACCUUCGAUUGCUUCCCAUGAUCGUCCUCAUGUACAUUCUGAACUACAUUGACAGGAACAACAUUGCCGCUGCGAGGCUGGCAGGCCUGGAGGAUGAUCUGAAGCUUGAUGCCAGCGGCACCCAGUUUUCGACUGCGGUCAGCAUCCUCUUUGUCGGCUAUAUCCUCAUGCAGGUCCCGUCAAAUCUGCUGUUGAACAAGAUGGGAAAGCCAGGCAUCUAUCUCCCCGUUUGUAUGGCCAUAUGGGGCACCAUAUCAGCAGCCACGGCCGCGGUGCAGAGCUUCGGGGGUCUGCUCGCAUGCCGCUUCUUCCUCGGCUUCGUCGAGGCCGCCUACUUUCCCGGAUGCCUGUACUACCUGAGCUGCUGGUACACGCGCAAGGAGCUCGGCGUGCGCACCACCUACCUGUACGCCGGCUCGCUCCUCUCCGGCGCCUUCUCCGGGCUCGUCUCCGCCGGCAUCACCGGCAACCUGGACGGCGCGCGGGGCCUGCGCGCCUGGCGCUGGCUCUUCCUGAUCGAGGGCGUCGUCACCGUCGCCGUCGCCUUCGCCGCGCUCCUCGUCCUGCCCAACUUCCCGCGGACCACGCCCUGGCUGCGCGAGGAGGAGGUGGCCGUGGCCGUCUGGCGGCUGGAGCACGACGUCGGCGAGGACGACUGGGUCAGCAGCCGGGAGCAGACCUUUCUCGCCGGCUUCAAGGCGGCGGUGAAGGACCCGAAGACGUGGGUCCUGCUGGUCGUCCUGUUCGGCAACGUUUCCGCAGCGUCCAUCACAAACUUCUUCCCGACGGUGGUGGCGACGCUCAAGUACUCCAAGGUGACGACGCUGCUGCUGACGGCGCCGCCGUACGUCCUCGGCGUGCUGACCACGCUGCUCAACGCGUGGCACGCGGACCGCACCGGCGAGCGCUUCUGGCACGUGUCGCUGCCGCUGUGCCUCGCCAUGGCCACCUUUAUCGUCUCCGCGGCCACGACCAACACCGCCGCGCGCUACGUCAGCAUCAUGCUCAUGAUCCCCGGGCUGUACAGCGGAUACACGACGGCGCUGGCCUGGAUCAGCAACACGCUGCCGCGCCCGCCGGCGAAGCGCGCCGCGGCGCUGGCCUUCAUCAACGCCGCGUCCAACGCGCCGGCCAUCUACACGAGCUACCUGUACCCGUCGUCGGCGGCGCCGCGCUACGAGGCCGCGUUCGUCCACAACUGCCUGAUGGCGGCCAUGUCGGUCGUCGCGGCGGGCGUGCUGCGGACGAUGCUGGCGAGGCUGAACAGGAAGUUGGACGCCGGCGAGAGCGAGGAGGACGCGCUGGACGCCGCGCCGGGCGAGGCCGCGCAGCACGGGUUCCGGUUCUUGCUAUAA